AUGGGUCAUGUGUCUAUGAAUUCCGGGCGAGAGACUUACAAUCUUGCAGUUGCAUUCCAUCCCAAAGCUCCUCAGAUACCGCCGUCAACCCAAUUAUCCAAGGACCUGGCUGAAUCCGGGGUCAAAAUAAAGCUCAAGAAGACUGUAGUACGACGGCAGAACAAAGGGAAAAUGGACUGGACCGCACCCAAACCUACAACACACACUGGGCCAAUGCCUGACAGCGUUGUUGGCACGCAGCACUUGGGCUAUCCCAACUACGGCCAAAAUCGACCCCAGGAUGCCGCCGUCGUCCAUGGCGCCGACAUCAGUGGACGUGUGACGAUGCAUCAACGGCAGUCGCAGUUACCAACGGAAUUUAAAUCGGUGCAGCCAACGUGGCAUCCCACGGAGCGGUGGAUGGCACAACCAUCAGAACAAUGGACGGCACCAUCGACAGAGCAGUGGACGGCGCCACCAACGGAGCCGCCGACCUGGGCGCAUCAUCAUCAGCAUCAAUCCCAUUCACUGUUCGCAACAUCCCAUGCGCCGGCAGCUCCCGCUACGCUUCCUACAUGUCAAGCCUCCAUGGACGCGUUGCUAUCGGCAACGCUAGCCGAAACGGCUUCAGGCAUGCCACAAGGGUGGCAAGCUCGUAUGCAGUACUCUUGGCCAACAACGUACGCGCCGGCCACGUCAGGCUUCGAAGCAACCGCCAGCGGUCAGCAGGCGAUGGCGCCAAUUGAUCCAAUUGGAAACCAAGUGCCAUCGUAUGUGCCUGUGUUCUUCGCUGACGAGGAGCAAGAGGAGGCCCAGUACUUUGAGGGUGGCAUGGACAACUGGGGUCCAUGA